UUGGAGCCAUCUUUACAGAUACAUCUUAGCCAUCUUUACAGAUAUAUUACCCGUGGACAAACUAAAACUAUAAAUCAAGAAAGUUAUCAACAGUUUAGUUAUCAACGAAAAUCAACAUCUUUAUAUGAAGCUCUAUGCUGUCUUCAUCGUUUUAAAGGGAGACCAUAUCUCACAGAUUUUCUCAGUUCAGGUACCUUUUGUGGUGUUGGCGGAUCACGAAAGCCGCAGUAUUGUGAUAACCAUACGCGGUUCAUGUUCACUUGUGGAUCUCGUUACAGAUUUAUGCUUAGUUUAGACGACGAGGUACUGUCGGUAGAUGUCGAUGCUGAUCCUCUUCUACGGACUGAUCCCAGCUUAGAUGGAGAGGGCGAAGUUCGCGUACACCGUGGUAUGCUAAUGAGCGCUCGCUAUGUUUACGAUACACUCAGGAAACAUCAAGUUCUUGAAGAUCUCGCUGUAUUGAACACGGGUUAUCAGCUGGUCGUUUGUGGUCAUUCAUUAGGUGCAGGAGUUGCUUCACUUGUGACUUUGUUACUCAAGCAGGAUUAUCCGAAUGUGAGAUGCUUUGCAUUCGCGCCACCCGGUUGUGUUAUCACCGAAAAUGGAUUGCAUGAGUUGGAAGAACAUGUAUUCGGAAUAGUCGCUGGAGAUGACCUAGUAUCUAGGAUAUCUUUCCAUGCCUUGCAUCGUUUACGGGUGAAAGUCGCAGCAGAGUUGGAUGCAUGUACAAAAGCUAAAUACGAGAUUCUGAUCCGAGGAAUUUUUCGACUAUUCUUCACCACUGCUUGGGAAAGUGGUCCACUAUCCGGUGAAAGUGAGUUGCCCUCGCUUUGUGAGCGUUAUCGUAAGGACUGUCUUAUACGUAUAAUCACCGAUCGUGUCAAUUUGAUACCCGAAGGAGGUGCAGCCGCGAACGGCAGCACUUACGGAACGGCAGCGGCAGUCGUGGUCCCUAAUUCUGCGACAGCGAUUACGCUGGCGACAGCGCAGAGAUUAUCGUCGAGAGUUCAGGUGAGAGCUACGAAAUCCAUAUCCGUGACAAAUUGUAGAGCAUUGUUAUGAUG